AUGUUUAAAAUUAUAUUUUAUAUACUUUUUUUGGAUAUUUUAUCGAGAGUGCAUUUGGCAUCGGAUUAUGGAGGAGAAAUAGAUAUUUAUAAUGAUAUGAAUGUAACGUAUCCCGCGGACCCUUGUGUGCACUUUGAUUUAAAAAUGCCAGAUUUUACAGCACCGAGACGCCGUGUGAGUGAAGUCAAAUGCUUGGAGUACAUAUGGCGAUUAAGACAACAGCAGACAUCGAAAUUAAGAAAUUAUGAAUGUGCAUUGUUAAAAAAAAUGCCGAAACCAGAAGUGAUUGGAGGAAAUAAUGCAAUCCAUGGAGAAUAUCCUCAUAUGGGAGCUCUUGGUUGGAAAGCAAAAAUCGGGACUUGGAUAUUUAAAUGUGGAGGAUCACUUAUAAGCGAGAACUUCAUAUUAACUGCGGCACAUUGCUACAAAGUUCCCAAAAAUGAUGAAACCGUUGCAGAUUUCUACCCUAAGAUUGUGAGACUUGGUAGUAGAAAUAUUUUGGAUAGUAAACUUUCUUAUGACGCGGAGAUUCUUAAAUUCAUCCGUCAUCCUGAAUACAAGGCGCCACGACACUACUUCGACAUUGCCCUCGUACAAUUAAAACACGAAGUGUAUAUUCACAGUACAGUACACCCAGCAUGUCUUUGGAAUAAGUCUGAAGAUCCUAAAAAAGGCAAUGUGACCGGAUGGGGAGUGGUGAACAGCGGUACUCAAGCAGUGUCUCCUAUACUACAAAAGGCAGAAAUUACAAUAAGAGACAAUGACGAAUGCGAAGAAGACCUGAUGAUUAAGCAAAACAGGAACUGGCGAGGUUUCUUCCGACAUCAGUUGUGUGCUGGAGAGAUGUCUGGAGGCAUAGAUACAUGUCAGGGAGAUUCUGGAGGGCCUCUUCAAACACUGAUACCAAUAGAACGAUAUCGAGAGUGGACACCUUGGUACAUUUAUCAUGUUAUAGGUGUGACUUCCUUUGGGUUCGGAUGUGGACAGCCCAACACGCCCAGUGUUUAUACGCGAGUCACGAGUUUUCUUGACUGGAUAGAAAAUAUUGUUUGGAAAAAUAGUAGGUAC